UUCUCACCUUCCUCAGAACCUUCCUUUAUUUCCCUUCUCACCCUGGAAGUUUCUCCCUUUAUUUGCAGUCUUCAUCACACGCUUUUACAUUUCAAUGGAGGCUCAACUUUUUGGUGUCUGUGUUUGAGUGAAUUUUAUACAAGUUCAACUUAGUUCUGCUGCUUCUGGUUACAGUGAUUGCAACCCAUAUUGAGUUCAUGGCGGAGAUCAAGCGCUACGGUCUUGGUAAUCAAUUGGAUAUUGCGCAGAUACUCCUAGAAGCUAAACAUCGCUGGCUACGCCCGGCUGAAAUAUGUGAAAUUCUUCGAAAUUUCCAAAAAUUUGACAUUUCUUCAGAGCCUGCAAAUAUGCCACCCGGUGGAUCGCUUUUUCUAUUUGAUCGGAAGGUGCUUAGAUAUUUCAGGAAAGAUGGGCAUAACUGGAGGAAGAAAAAAGAUGGAAAGACAGUGAGGGAAGCCCAUGAGAGACUUAAGGCUGGAAGUGUUGAUGUAUUGCACUGCUAUUAUGCACAUGGAGAAGAAAAUGAAAAUUUCCAAAGACGCAGUUAUUGGAUGCUUGAGGAGGAUCUGCAACACAUAGUUCUUGUCCACUACCGGGAAGUUAAGGGAAAUAGGACAAACUAUAACCAUUUUAAGGGCACUGAAGAAGCUGUUCCUUAUUCCCAUGAAACUGAAGAAAUUGCACUCAAUUCUGAGAUGGACAAUUCUGUUUCUUCUAGUUUCAAUCCAAAUAAUUUCCAAAUGUGUUCCCAAGCUGCUGAUACAACAAGCUUGAGUAGUGCUCAAGCAUCAGAGUUUGAAGAUGCUGAAUCAGCAUAUAAACACCAAGCAAGUUCCCAGUUACAACCUUUUCUCGAGUUACUACAGCCUAAGGCUGAGAAGAUCAAUGCUGGAUUCUCUAAUGCAUGCUAUCCGAUGUCAUUUUCAAAUGAAUAUCAAGAAAAAUUGUCGGCCGUUCCUGGGGUGAAUUUUAGCUCACGUACUGAAGCAUAUAGGAAGGAAGAUGGUAAUGAUGCUGGCGUUACCUAUGAUCCCAGGAAAAAUCUUAACUCCGCAGUAUGGGAUGGUGCCUUGGGGAAUAUUACUACUGGCUUUCAAUCUUUGCCUUUUCAGCCAUCAAUUUCAGCAACACAUUCUGAUUCAAUAGGAAUUAUCUCUCAGCAAGAGAAUGAGACGCUUGGGCACCUUUUCACAGACAACUUUGGUAAAAAGCAGAACUACGAGGAUAAACCCAGGGUCCAACAAAGCUGGCAGACUUUGGAAGCCAACACUUCUGGUUCAUCCAGCUGGCCUGUGGAUUGGAACUUGCAUUCAGACACAGCGUAUGAUGUCACCACAAGGUUCCAUGGAGGAGUCGAUGAUUCUAAUUUACUCAAUUCACCGGUGUGCUGUGUGGAUUCUGAGAAGAAAAAUAAUUAUUCUAUGCCAAAUGACCUUCAAAUACAGCCUUCAAACACUGAGAAAGAAUAUCAUCUGAAGUCUAUUUCAAAGAGAAAUGAAACCAUAGAGGGAAAAUACAAUCACACUUUUGCUACAAAGCCUUUGUUAGAUGAAGGCUUGAAGAAGCUUGACAGUUUCAACCGAUGGAUGAGCAAAGAACUUGGAGACGUGGAAGAGACACACACACAAUCUAAUUCAGAGACGUACUGGGAUACUGUUGAAAGUGACAAUGGGGUCGAUGAGUCCAGUAUUCCUCUUCAAGUACGCUUGGAUAGCUAUAUGCUGGGGCCUUCUCUUUCCCGGGACCAGCUUUUUAGCAUUAUUGAUUUCUCACCAAACUGGGCAUAUGAAAACUCUGAAAUCAAGGUUCUGAUCACAGGAAGAUUUUUCAAGAGUCAACAAGCAGAAAGUUGUAAGUGGUCAUGCAUGUUUGGGGAAGUUGAAGUUCCUGCUGAGGUUAUAGCAGAUGGUGUUCUUCGUUGUUAUACUCCCAUCCAUAAGGCUGGGAGAAUUCCUUUCUACGUUACAUGUUCCAAUAGGCUGGCUUGUAGUGAAAUCAGGGAAUUUGAAUACCGAGUUGGGCAAAUACCAGAUUAUGAUGUUAAAGAUGAUUACAGUGGCUGCACAAAUGAAAUAUUAAAUAUGCGCUUUGGAAAAUUACUGUCUUUAAGCUCUAGCUCUCCAACUUUUGAUCCCACCAGCGUAGCAGAGAAUUCUGAGAUAAUCAGUAAAAUUGAUUUGUUGCUGAAAAAUGACAAUGGUGAGUGGGACAAGAUGCUACAACUUACGUCAAAUGAGGACUUUUCCUUGGAGAGAGUAGAGGACCAGAUGCUUCAACAGCUACUUAAAGAGAAGUUGCAUGCAUGGCUCUUGCAAAAGCUGGCUGCUGGUGGAAAAGGCCCUAGUGUACUAGACGAGGGUGGCCAAGGUGUAUUACAUUUUGGAGCUGCUCUUGGCUAUGAUUGGGUCUUACUGCCCACAAUAACUGCCGGAGUCAGUGUCAAUUUUCGUGACAUUAAUGGAUGGACAGCUCUUCACUGGGCAGCUUUUUGUGGCAGAGAGCGCACAGUUGCUUCCCUCAUCUCUCUUGGUGCAGCUCCCGGAUUAUUAACAGAUCCAAGAACCAAAUAUCCUAAUGGAAGAACACCUGCAGACCUAGCUUCUGCACGGGGCCACAAGGGAAUUGCUGGUUAUCUUGCAGAAUCUGCUUUGAGUGACCAACUUUCAUUUCUUAAUUUGGAUAUCAAGGAAGACAAUAAUGCUGAUAUUUCAGGGGCCAAUGCAGUACGAACAGUUUCAGAACAAUUUGCAACUCCUAUUGGGAAUGGGGAUUUAAUGGAUGGGCUUUCCUUGAGGGAUUCUUUAACUGCUGUCUGUAAUGCUACCCAAGCUGCUGCUCGUAUUCAUCAAGUGUUCAGGGUAAAAUCUUUCCAGCUGAAGCAGUUGAAAGAAUAUGGUAGUGAUAACUUUGGAAUUUCAGAUGAAGAUGCUCUAUCAAUGAUUGCAGUCAAGUCACAUAAGCCAGGGAAACGUGAUGAGCAUGUGGAUGCUGCUGCAAUUCGAAUACAAAAUAAGUUCCGUAGUUGGAAGGGUAGAAAAGAUUAUUUGAUAAUCCGACAACGUAUUGUCAAAAUUCAGGCUCAUGUAAGAGGCCACCAGGUGAGGAAAAACUACAGAAAGAUAGUCUGGACUGUAGGAAUUGUAGAAAAGAUAAUUUUGCGUUGGAGAAGAAAAGGAAGUGGUUUGCGUGGGUUCAAGCCAGAACCGCUUACUGAAGCCCCCAGCACGCAAGCUUCAUCAUCGAAGGAUGAUGAUUAUGAUGUACUGAAAGAAGGAAGGAAGCAAACAGAGCAAAGGUUGCAAAAGGCGCUUGCGAGGGUGAAGUCCAUGGUUCAAUAUCCUGAAGCAAGAGAUCAAUACUGUCGGCUGCUGAAUGUUGUUACUGAGAUACAGGAAACCAAGGAGGUAUAUGAUAGUGGUACGACUAGUUCAGAAGGGAGAGUCGAUAUGGAUCACGACCUCAUAGAUAUUGCAGCAUUGUUGGACGAAGAAGACAUUUACAUGCCUACAGAAGCUCCAUAGUGAUCGAUCUCUAGUUCACCGUACGUAUCCUCUUGUAAAAUCUGUAGGGCAUUAUUUAUUUUUUAACAUAAAUUUGUGUAAAUUUACACAGUUGCGCCGGAGGUGGAUGCAGCAGUGCAGCCUCUUUUUUUUAGUUAUAAAUGUUUGAGUUUGUUCAUGUUAAACUGAUUUUGGAAAAAUAUAAUUGUCAGUGGAAAAAGUAUAAAACCAUAUGAUUUGAUUGCC